AUUCCCCAGUAUAAUUAUAUGGUACAACCUCCCGCUGAAAUGAUCGUUCCUCAACCAGGGAGUAAAAUGGCAAAGUACAAGACCUCUUUGUGCAAACAUUUUGAGCAAACAGGGACUUGACAGAUGGAUAGUAGAUGACAUUUUGCCCAUGGGAAACACGAACUAAGAAAGCAAACUGACGCCCUUCCUUCCCAUGUAUUUAAGCUGUACCAGACACCAGUUAAUACAGUUGCUCCUCCAGGUUAUGUUCAUAAUAAAUAUAAGACAGUUCCUUGCAAGAACUUUCUUGAAGGUCUGCAUUGUAAAUACGGUGAUAGAUGUACUUUUGCUCAUGGUGACCAAGACAUGAGAGCUAAAUUUGUGAAGGCCGAGUUGCUAUACUCACCUGGAGCCUAUCCAGGUUCAGCUGAUCCCUCACAAAUCCAAACCAUGCCUCCUACUUCAGGCUUUGGGACUGUUGAUUACUCAGUGUUUUCACAGCCCCCUCCAUUAGCACCACCUAUGGAUCAUGCUCAGGCUCCUACCAAGGUAGUAUCUGAAGCAGCAGAAGAAGCGAAAGCCAAGGGAGCUUCAGACUAUGGAAGUGACUUUCAGAUUCCUGCUUUUGACGGGAAUAACUUCCAAGAUGAAGAAAACAAUUUCUUCAAUUCAUUUAACUACAACAACAAUGGAUUUGGCAUUGGUGGAUAUUCUGGUGUAGAUGAGUCUCCCACUUCUGGAGACUAUUUCUCCAAGCAGACAGGUCCUAGAAAUACCUCAAAGUUUGAUUUCUGUUACGAUUACACAGACAACUCUCCUAAAGAGACUUCCUUAGUUACUCAAAUGAUGAAUUUGAAGGUGAGCCCAGAUCCUCUCUCUGACAGAAUUGAAGAUCUCGAGCUCACUUCAGACAAUAAAGACAUAAUCCAAAAGUUUUCCCAGGCAAAGUACCAAAUAGAGAUGGGAAACAUUGAAGAAGGGAAUAAAAUCCUCAAUCAGAUGAUGGAGAGCAAGGAGAUAGCAUUCAAGAAGUACUCUGAGAUAGACCAAGAUAUUUUGAAGACCUUUGCCCCAAUCUCCGAUUAAAAUAAUAAGCGCAGCUUUCUUUAGGCUGCAUAAAUAAUAAGC